ACCAUGUCGUCGUACCCAAACGACCUGGAGCACACCUCCAUAUACAACAGGGACAUUAACGACAGCGAAGAAAGCGACGGGGAGGGAGGCCUCGGCAACCUGAACCGGCUGAUCGUGAGGCCUCCGGGCCACAGCGGCAAGGCCAAGCGAGGCCAGCUCUGCUUCGACGCAGCCUUCGAAUGUGGAAACUUGGGCCGAGCGGACCACAUCACGGAGCUUGAGUAUGACCUCUUCGUGCGACCCGAUACCUGCCGCCCGCGAUCGCGGUUCUGGUAUAACUUUACGGUGGAAAAUGUGAAGCAGGAUCAGAGAGUAAUCUUCAACAUAGUCAACUUAGGCAAAGAAAGAACCUUAUACAACGGCGAAAUGACACCGCUAGUCCGCUCAACCUCGCGUCCAAAAUGGCAACGCAUUCCCCGUCGCUUCAUCUUCUACCACAAGUCUCCCGUGCACCGCGGGCGGCGGGUACUGAGCCUCGCCUUCGGCUUUGAUCGCGAGGAAGACGUCUACCACUUCACAGCGGCCGUGCCGUAUUCCUACUCAAGGCUGCAGAAGUAUCUCACGUUGUGGGAAAAACGCGCGCAGACGUUUGCUGCUAGGGAGUGCAUUGCGCAAACCACGCAAAAACGCAAGGUAGACCUCAUCACCAUAGGGGACCUGGUGGUCCAGGAUCGGGAGACGCGGGAAGAGUCCGCAGUGAAAGGCAAUAAGGGCGUUCCGAAGAAGCGCGUCGUGCUCAUCCUUGCGCGUACGCAUGGCGGCGAACCGCCGGCGUCUUUCAUCUGCCAAGGCAUCCUUGAUUAUUUUUUAACUUCGUCGGAAAAGGCUUUAGCGCUCCGCAGCAACGUAGCUAUUCAGGUAGUGCCAAUGUUGAAUCCCGACGGCGUGUUCUUGGGCAACCAGCGCUCAGACCUGCUGGGCGCUGACCUCAAUCGUAGCUGGGUCACAGCUACCACCUUCGCGCACCCUGCCGCCGUGGCGAUCAACGACCUCGUGUCCAAGCUCGUUGCUGAAAAGUCUUUGCAACUGGAUUUUAUAAUCGACUUGCACGCGGACAUAAGCUUUGAAGGAGUCUUCGUUAGAGGGAACUCAUAUGAUGACGUCUACAGGUUUGAACGUCACGCCGUCCUUCCAAAGUUCCUGGCGUCCCGUGUAGAAGCCUGGCGUCCCGAGGCAUGUCUGUACAACACGGACCCACUGGCCGCCGGCACGGCGCGCCGGGCCCUGCCGGAAGGCGCCGUGGACGCGUACACGUUGCUUGUGUCGCUGGGAGGCCGCCGACUCACUCCCAAGGGACCUUACAUACAUUAUACUGAAGAUGCUUAUGCAAAAAUCGGGCGAUCGAUAGUGAAGGCGCUUUGCGAUUACUAUCGCCACAUCGGCGUCAUCCCGCCGCGGCAAGGGGCUCCGACGAAGAAGAAAGACAGCCGCGGCCGACGACGGCGUCGGCGCCCCGCCACGGACAGAGACAGGCCAGUCCGCCAUACGUGGUCUCCAGUCCCACAUGACCACUUACCGCACAUACAUAACAAGAUGUCGCCUAGUUCGAGUCCCGAGCGGCGUGUAUUAGCCGCGCGGGUGCUGUCGCCUCCGCUGCCACCGGCGUCGCCGCCGCCGACCCGGGCCCUGCCACCGCGCUCGACUCGUCUUCGCCGCGUUAAGCCCCGGAUAGAGCCCGAUUUGGACCCGCUGCUGCCUCUUAUCACAGGAACAGCAGUUCGUACGCCCCGACUCUCCGUGGUAAAUCUCAGUGCCAUCGUCCGCACACCGACUGGCCGCGAGCCUCGCAGACUCGCGCGGCCGCCCCGACCGGCGCACCCGAGGUUUACCAGCGAUGAAUACGACACACAUGACUCUGACUCGGCGUGAGACUAGUAGACUACCUGUGCACUUGGCCGUGGUGAACUUGAGUAACAUCGUACGUACAUCGCAUGUACGCCGAUCGGCAGCCACGCCUCUUGCACCAGAGUUUUACCAGUCUACAAAGUUCUCAAUUUUUACCAUUUCCUUUUCUAUUAGCUAAAGAAAGGCUCGAUUUACUAUUCAGAACAACGUAUUAAUCUUGAUUAGAAUCAAGCGUUUUUGGCUUCAUCUUGGAAAAAAAUUGUUUUGCAUCACUUGAGUACCAAAUUUAACAUUUUCAGAAUGGAGUACAAGACUCGUGAAUAAUGAAUAAGAUCACAUGAAAUGCAUGUACCUAUGCAUAAAUUGUUUCUAUUCUAGCUAAAGAGUGACGUCGGUUUUAAAAGUUUUUAUAAAAUUAAUAUACCUACAGGUAAAUAAGGACAUUUGAAAGUUACCCAAUAUGAAACCGAAGCCGAAAAUGCUUGUUUUAAACGCGAAACUUUAAUAUCUCUUCCUAAGUAUGCUAUUAGACGUCGUAGAAAAAAACUGGCUGUGCAAUUU